UGGAGUUACCGAGUUGGUUUUAUUGUCGUAUUGUAAAUGAAUUUGGGAGCCAAUCGGUCAAGAUUUUCAUUACUUAGAUUACGUAGUUUCAUCGUAACCUCUGAACCCGGGCAAAAGCACGCGGCACCAUGGGGAUCAGACCGUGUUGGAUUAUUUUAAACUUUAAUCUUCCGGAGCUGUGAUAUAAAACGGUAUAAAUUAAUGUAUACGAAGGGAAAGUGUGACACAUUAGUUAGUGGGGAUCUUGGGGGCAUAUUAUAUGGCCAUAUUCGAUUAUAAUUGACAGUGGUCCAUCAAUCAAAUCACUCGCCUUGCUUGUAGUCGACAUCGACCAGUCGCAUCGAUAACGUUAUUAAUAGUACACUAAACGAUCGAAUAAUAUUUAAUCGAGACUUAAAGACAUUUAUAUCUAUAAUAGUUUUUGAUAUGAAGAUUAAUUAUAUAGGUGGACUAGGUCGGUGGUGAAUUAGCAUGGAAAUAACUUGUGUGGGAUAAAACUCAAUUCUGAUUAUCGAUCCUAGGAAACUGAAGCUAAAGGGAUGAAUUUUAUAUUUAAUUUGAUUUUAAUCUGGGAGAUACUGGUAGUUAUUCAGGUUGUAGAGUGUGGAAUAUUGGAAAGAAAUGUUGAUAGUGAAGCACAUUCCGCGUCUGUAGAAGUACUAGGUGAUUUAAUCCUACACGACAAACUUCGACUCUUCGUAGACACGCUUAUCCAGAAGCAUGAGAUCCCGUUAACCAGGGUUGAAGAUGAAGUAAUGCAUGAUGAUGUUCAAGGUUUUAUCGUAUCAGGAAACGCCGACGGCAAAACAGAAAUCCACGUGGAAAAUUUACCAGAACACGUGCUAAAAUAUAACAAACAGUUUUUUCACAACCUGGAUACCGGAACUAUACUCAGUAUUAUACACGGCCCGGAUGGCGAUAUACACGUGGAAGGAUUCCUAGGACAUGGCCUCAUCAUCGCUCCACCGGGUUCCCAGGAAAGACAUCGUCGUGAUCUUCAUUCUACGCGUCAUACAGUAUGGUCAGAGGAAGACGGUGAUAAGUUCACUGAUUAUUUGGAAGUUCCGGACAAAUUUAAAGAUGAACGGAUGUUUAAGAAAUCGCACCCACGCCGUAAUCACAACGUUUUGAAGCGUUCUACACCGGGUAAAGUUUCUGAAUUUACAGAUUAUUUAGAAGUUCCUGAAUAUUUUAAAAAUCCGUAUCAAUUAAAUCCUCCCCACAGAAAGAAACGUCAGAUCAAUGGCGUGGCUCCGUUUAUAAUAGAAGUGUUCUUAUUGGUUGAUUUUAAAGUAUUUGAAUGGUUUAAGAAAGAUAUAGCAAAGAUUGGAACAUAUCUUCUACAUUUCUGGCAAGCGGUGAACUAUAAAUUUAGAACAAUGAAAAAUCCAAAUGUUGCAGUAAAAGUGAAACAAUAUGGAGCAGUGCAGUCAGCGCAGUUCCAGACUUUUAUAGAGGAGAAUCGAAUACCCUCGGAUGCAACUCUGAUAUCUCUGAAAGCAGUGCUUGAUGGAUUCAGAAAAUGGAUGAUGAAGUUUGAGUCUAACGUUCAUUUUUCAACGCAUGAUGUUGCCAUACUUAUGACUGGGGAGGAUUUAUGUCGCAUGAAUGGGACCAAUGAUUGUUUUAGAUUAACCGCAGGUAUUGGAUAUGUUAAAGGAGCUUGUAUAUCAUCUAGGGAAUAUCUAUCAUCCACUUAUGACGUGGCUGUUAGUGAAAUGGGCAAGAGUUUUAGAGGAGUUAUAGUCGGCGCACAUGAACUUGGACAUCUAAUUGGGGCUUAUCAUGACGGUGAGGGCGAUGCCCUUAAUUGCCCCAAAGAUUCAGGCUUUAUUAUGAGUUACACCAGAAACAACGCCACCAUGUUCACAAGGUUCUCCGAGUGUUCAAAGAACAGCAUCAGUAAUUUCGUAACCAAUACCUGGUAUUCACGGUGUUUACAAGAUACGACUGGUUCUGGCUACAAUUACCCAGAUAUAUUACCCGGACAAUACAUGGAUCUAGCCGCUCAAUGUUUUCAUUAUACUAGUGGUGGAACACCAUGUAUGGGAUUAAUAGACCAAUGUGAGAGGCUGUGUUGUGAAACUCCAUAUUAUAGAUUUAGACGACGAGAGCCUGCAGUUGAUGGUACAUCAUGUGGAACGAAUAAAGUUUGUAUGAAUGGCCAAUGUGUUUUUAUGGCAAUGGGAUAAACAAAAUGAUCAGAGAUGUCACAAGUGACGAUCUUGUUGCAGUAAAAGAACAACAAUUCACAGAAAGAUAACAUUUGUUUGGGAAGGAUAUUUUGUAUUAUUUACGUUUGUGAGAAACUAAAAGAUAACAUUUGUUUGGGAAGGAUAUUUUGUAUUAUUUACGUUUGUGAGAAACUAAAAAAAAUAUAAGGCAAACUAAAAUGGUGAAAUACUGGACCAAAAACAAAUAAGAACACUUUUGUAUAAACAUAAAUCCGAAAUAUUGAUUCGGUUUAUUUAUAGUUUCUAGAAGAAAAUGGAUUAUUUCCCUUUACCCAGAAAAUGAAUUACUUCGCUUUACCCAGUUUUAUUUUAACGACUACGCCCAUUAUUAUUCAUAGAUUACCUCCAUCAAAUGAUAAAGUAUAUUUUUAUAUCGGUAAUUAAUUUUCCGAUGAUUAAGGAAAGAUAACUCUAUUGUUUAUUAGAGGUCCCUACGUCCUUUAUUAAUUCUGAUAAAGUGUAUUUUCAGAUUUGUAAUUAUUUUUCGGAUGAUCCAAAUCAACUAAAUGCUACUUAUUAAGGGGCGAUAACUCUAUUGUUUAUUGGAGUUGCCUACAUCCGAUGUCAAUACUGAUAAAAUGUUCUAUAGAUCGGUAAUUAAUUUCCAAAUUCCAAUAAACCUAGGGGAUACUCGAUUGAAAGUUUCGGAAAUGAAUUCUCCGAAUAUCCCAAAUAGUAACAAUCGAGUGAAAAGUGGGAUUUAGAACUAGAACGCAUGUGUGAUCGGAAGGAAAUAUCUCAAUCAAUCAAUCAAUUCGGACGUUCUGGACUGGCAAUCGAGCACCCCCUAAUACUACAGAUUUAGGGACGAUAACUCUACUGUUUAUAUGAUUUGCCUACAUAUUAAGGGGCGAUAACUCUAUUGUUGCCUACAGAUUAAUGGUCGAUAACUCUAUUGUUUAUUGGAGUUGCCUACGCCAUUAGUUAGGGCUGACCUGAAGUAAAAUGUAUUUUGUGAAAAUGUUCUUUAUCACGUUAGGGUUUAUGAAAUAUGUAUUAUAUUUAUAGGCACGUGGAAAUUAUCUUCAUACAGGAGGUAUCCAUCUUGUUAUGGACGCAACAAUCUAAUGGCCUAAUCCAUUAGGAUAGGAUCACCACGCAUACACCGCGAUUAAAACCACGAUUUCAAUCGUAGCGUGAAUCGUGAUAGUGGGAAACCUAGUAUAAUGGCUGUUUAUCUGUCGACUUAUCGACUACAAUGGUACCUUAUAUAUUAUAAGUGAGUGACAAUGGGUCUCUGAAAAUAUUUAUGUAUGCGAUACACCAUGCUGAUUAAAAUCAGAUGUCAAUUUCGUUUCGUUUUAAUUUUGAUUUUGUAUUAAAUUUGGAGAAUGUUGAUACUCUUGUGAUUGGUUAAGCAGUUAUAAACAUCACGAUUGGGAGAUAUAAAUAGAACUCCCACAGGGUUGAAUGAAAGUAUGUUAAAAUUCAUAAAAUUAAAAACGAAACGAAAUUGUAAUCUAUAUUGAUUAUAUUAUGUUUUGGAUAUAUUUGAAUAUAUAUUUUUGUCCUGUCUCCCCCGACAACGCUUAGUUAUUUUGAUAGACCACUGAUUAUAGUGGUACUCAAGCAGGACAUGAAAAUAUAGCGUCAUGAAAUUAUCACCAUCCAUCUUCAUAGAUACAUUAUGUAAGAUUUAGAUAAACAGCUGAUCAUAAAGAGUUGGUCAUUCUUGCUAUAAUAGUUCAAAAAUAGAUACUGUAAGAUGAAAAUAUUGAAAAUUUCGUUCAAAUUACUUUAUUCUGAGCCAAGUUAUCACUGUUUGUAGUUUUGACAAGAUGCGUGCACAGUGGUAACCUGGGCACUGGUAUAUUCGAGACUUAGCCUCGCUUUCCCAUUUUUAAAUUAAAUUUUUAAUUGGUGAACCGUUCUAAUCUAGUUAAAAUCUAGAGUACCCGAUGCCAUCAAGAGUUGAUUAUCGUUUUGGUUUGUUAAUAAAUGUCUAAUUAAUAGUUUAGAUAACAUUUCAGGUCCAAAGAAAGACCUGGAAAUAAGCAGAUUUAGCUCUUACAUAAUGUAUGUUUAAUCUCCGUAACAUUUAUGUACCAAAUGAAUACGAAUCUUAUUAAUCUUAUCGGCCUAGUGCGCAAUGAAAUUAAUGCCCGAUAAGAAAAUUCGCAAAUUAAUGCGAGAAUUUUGUAUUCGUGCGUGUUCUCGCACAAUUCAUUGUUAUAAAUUAUUGCGAUCUCUGUCAAUGCAUUUUCAGAUAAAUUAACAUAAUGCGUUUUCAAUACUAAGAUUUAAUUUCAAGUACACGAUAUUUCCAUGUUCACGGUGUUAAAUUAAUUUCAUGUUAUAGCGUUAAUUUACUUUCAAGUACAAAGCCUAUUUUUAUGUUUACAGAGUUGAUUUAAUUUCAAGUACACAAUAUUUUCAUGUUUACAUUUUUGAUUUAAUUUCAAGUGCACAAUAUUUUCAUGUUUACAUUUAAUUUCAAGUACACAAUAUUUUCAUGUUAACAUUGUUGAUUUAAUUUCAAGUGCACAAUAUUUUCAUGUUUACAGUGCACAAUAUUUUCAUGUUUACAGUGCACAAUAUUUUCAUGUUAACAUUGUUGAUUUAAUUUCAAGUACACAAUAUUUUCAUGUAGUGUUGAUUAUUAUCUCUCUUUUAAUUUUGAUAUUAUGUCUAGGAACAUGACAUUGUUUAAAGUCCCCAACAUUUAACAAAGAAUUUAUUAUAUUAAAUGU